AGCUAAAGCUGACCCCGUCCUAUUGUCAAUCCAACAUGUAGUGGAGCCGCCUUCUCCCCUGCCCCUCUCCAAUCUCCACCAUUGCUUGAAAAGAGUUGAAUUUAAAACAGUUUCCACGGAAAUCGAGCCACGCAUGAUUGUCCAAAUCAAUAUAUAGGCUGGUUAAACAUUACAAUUCCUUCUCGCCCGUAAAUCAAUGGUGCUCUCUGUUAGUUCAACUGUUACCAUCUAAUCGUACUCCUAAAAUUAGUGGAAAAUCAAAGAUAAAAAAGGGAACAUAUUAACAAAAUACAUACUUUUGGCAGAGUCUCAAGGUUUUCAGCUUCUUCAAGUUUGCUUGCAAUUUCAAGAUGAUACAAUCAUUUGGAAAAGCUCUCGCCAAAAAGACCAUGGAGAUUGUAGUAGAAAAUUGCAUGGGAGGGAGCAAUGUGGACAACAUGCAAACGCUGAAAAGAAAUUGGCAAGAGUUGAGCUGCAAAGCAUCAGAUGUCAAAGAGGAAGUGAAGAGAGAAGAAAUGUCAGGUAAAACGAAAAGGAAAAUUGAAGUUGACAAUUGGUUAAAGGAGGUUAAAUAUUUAAAUCCUGAAAUCGAUGGACUGGAAACAAGAAGAUCAUCUUGGAGGCUUCCAUUGAAGGAGGAUCCUGUGCGGAAGCUGCAAUUUCAGGUGAAAGAACUUAUUGAUCAGAGCUGUCACUUCAAUGGGCUUGUGCUCCAUGCUUAUGACAACAUUGUGGAGCCAUGCUUGCCAACCAUAUUGUUUGGAGAAAAGGUCAAACAAAAUUUGGAGAGAAUUUGGCCAUGCUUGGUGACCGAUGACAUAUCAAGCAUUGGAAUUUAUGGGAUGGGAGGAGUUGGCAAGACCACAUUGGUGAAGCACAUCAAUUACUAUCUUCUACAAAAAGGUUAUCAAGUUCUUUGGGUGACAAUUUCUCAAGAGUUCAGUAUUAAGAGUUUGCAAGAAAAGAUUGCCAAUGUCUUAGGUGUUUGUUUAUCAGAUAAGGACGAUGAAGUAGUAAUGGCAUAUGUAUUGUAUGGGGCAUUCAGGAGAUUGGAGAAAUUAACAGUGCUCAUAUUGGAUGAUGUUUGGCAACAGUUUUGUUUACACAGGGCAGGGAUUUCUCUUGAUGCAAACAAGUGCAGGUUGAUAUUGACUACUCGCUCACUAGAAGUGUGUGACAGGAUGCAGUGUCAGAGAAUAUUUGAAGUGAAAAUUCUGGAUUCAAAUGAAGCUUGGGAAUUGUUCAUGUAUACACUAGGAGACAAGAAAGUGCUUCAUAUAGAUGUGGAAGAGAUUGCCAAGUCUGUCGCCAAAAGGUGUGCUGGUUUGCCUCUUGGUAUCGUCACUGUGGCUGGGAGCAUGAGAGGUGUUACUGACAUAUGUGAGUGGAGAAAUGCAUUGGAACAAUUGAAUUCAUGUUCAAUAGGGCAUGAUGAGAUGGAACGCGAUGUUUUUUCCAUCCUUGAGUGGAGUUUUGACCGAUUAAACAAAUAUGAACAGAAAUGUUUCCUGUAUUGCUGUCUUUAUCCAGAAGAUUGCAGGAUAGCAAGAGAGGGAUUAGUAAAUCUCUUCAUUAGGGAAGAGUUGAUGCCUAAACGAAGCUCAAGGUUAGCAGAAUUUGAUCAAGGUCAUAAGAUAUUAAACAAACUAGUAAAAGUUUGCUUGCUGGAAGAAACUACAGAUGACAGGGGCAAUGAGUGUGUAAGAAUGCAUGAUUUGAUAAGAGAUAUGGCAUUAAGGAUCGCCAGUGGAAACUCUACUCUAAAGAUCAGCGGAGAUGUACCGAGGUUCUUGGUGAAGAGCAUACGAAUCGGAAAUUCCAGAGUGGCAUUCGAAGAAAAAGAAUGGACAGAAGAUCUCCAUGCAAUUUCCAUCUAUUCAAUUGGAAGUGCAAUAGAAAUUCCACCAGGCAUGUCACCAAAGUGUCCCAAGCUCUCAACCUUGCUUCUUCGUUCGCUACACAUAGGAAGAAUUCCAAAUACAUUCUUUAAGCACAUGUCUGGACUUAAGGUUCUAGAUCUAAGACACAAUAGAUUAAUAAAAGAGCUGCCUGACUGUGUUUCAAACCUGGUGAGUCUCACUGCUUUGGUGUUGCAGAAUUGUAUCCACCUCCAAUCUGUGCCACCAUUAGGAAAUCUUACACAAUUGAAGGAAUUGGACCUAUCUGGGUCUGGAAUUGAGGAUUUACCUCAAGGCUUGAAAUCAUUGGUCAACCUGGAAAGGCUGGACAUGCUCAAAUGCCAAAAUCUUCAAAGGGUGAUAAUACCAAAAGGGACAUUUUCUGAAUUGAGUUGUCUCCAACAGCUAGGAUUGGAUCCCUACUAUUUUGUACAAGUUAAUGAUCCAGAAGUGUCAAACCAAUUAGAAGUAUUUACUGGAUGCUUACCAUUUAAUGACUUCUAUGAAAUCUCUAGGUGGCCAAAACAUUAUACUGUUGAAUUCAAUGAGUUUUUACCUGAGGAUGGGUACUUUGAUCAUGAUGAUGAAUACAUUAAUGGUCAUUCUCAAGAGCUGUUGGCUUUCCGUCAGUGUAACUUCUGGAGAGGAUCGAAUAAUCCUGUUCUACUUCUGCCAAAUAAUGUCAAGCAUCUAAGACUUGUGAAAUGUGUUUGCUUGGGCAAUAGGUGCCUGUCAGAUGUUUUUAAGAACUUUACAAGUUUGAAAGACUUGUCUUAUUUGAGCAUUAUUGAUGUAGAUGACAUCGAGUUCCUCUUGAAAUUGCCCUCUCCUCCGCCUCCUCUUCAUGAUCAGUUGGUAGUCUCCUGUUUUAAUCCACUACAAAAUCUACAAGAGCUAAAACUCGUAGACUUGCCGAAUCUGGUUGAUCUCUUAUAUUGGGAAUCAGAACCAUCUUUUCUGCCACCUGCCACCUUUUCUUCCCUUGCCUGUAUCAUGAUUUCAAAAUGUCACAAGUUGAAGCAGCUGUUCACUGUGCAGCUGCUGCAAGGCCUUCAAAAUCUUGAUGACUUAUAUGUUGAUGAUUGUGAAGGACUGGAAGAGAUAGCAGAGGAUGAUGACGGAGUAGGACGUGGAGGAGAAGGAAUUCAAAGUGAAGCCACCACCACUGUCAUACUCCCGAAGUUAAGGCGUUUGUAUCUGAAUCGGCUUCCAGAACUGAAUCACAUCUGGAAUGCAGCCAAGAUUUGCAAAUCACUUCAGUAUAUUAAUGUACGUGACUGUCCAAAGGUAAGGAGGCUGCCUUUGUUUCUUCCCACUACCACUGCACUGCCAUCUCCUCCCAACCCUCUUAUAGAAAUCUAUUGUGACCAAGGAUGGUGGCAAUCGUUAGUCUGGGAAAAUCCCAAUGACAAAGUUUCCCUUAAACCAAUUUUUUCAAAAGAAAAUGAAGAAUGAAUUGGAAGACCCUCUGUUUGAUCAAAUUCUUCACUGGUUGACAUGUAAGUGUUUUUAUCCCUUUCCUCUAGUGUUACCAAAGCAUCCCCUUUUCUUUUAGCUCCCCCAAAAUGAAUUGCUUGUAUAGGAAUCAAUGCUAACUCUUCUCUUAUUGAGUUCAACUUUUUCUCUGCCAACUACCUUCUUGAGGUGCUCAGCUGCUUACACCCUUUUUUAAAUUAAGUAAUGUAAUUUACUACGUAUAUUGUUUUACUUCUCUUUUUCAUGCCUUUUGAUUUCUGUGAAUCUAAUUAUUUUUUUUCUUGUUUUUUGAAUUCAAUGUCAUUAUUAAAUUGUAAAGUGAAUGAGCUGAAUUUUGUGUUCUUUUCUCUUUUUUUUUUUCAUUCCCUGCAAUUGAAGGUUGUCUUGUUUUCCCCUUUCUCUGAAGAGGCUUUCCAGAUAAAGCUGUAAGGUAUAUAUGUUUACCAAUGCCUGUAUUCCAAAUGUUUUACUGAAAACCAAAUAAGUUAAAAGGCUAGCUUUUUUCCUAAUUUCCUAUGCGGAUUGAAGUUCUAGACAUGUUCAGGGAGCGUUGGAAGAAAGCUUUCAACGGAGAAAGGCGAAGAAGGCCUCCUUCUGGGGGGCCCGAGCCGGAAAUAGAAUGCAAAGUAAUUUACAUGAUUGUAAUAAUUUCGAUACUGCCAUGUAUAAAUUUCCUUUGUAUGUCUGACUGUUGUAAUGAAGUGUUACUGUCAAUUUUUCGUAGGUUAAAGCUUGCUAUUUCUAGGUAGAAAGGAAAAAAAAUUGCUGCUGCAAUAGAGGUGAAGUUGCCAAAAAAAAAAGUAUAACUUGAAGCCUUAUCUACCAGCAUGAAAUAUACUUUCAUUAUAUGCUUCUUCCUUAGCUGUAUUACAGUUGCGGUUUUGUGUCAUGUCUAGCAUUCUAUUCCUAGCUAGUUGAUGUUUUUCCUAUACUUGCUUGGAAUUGGAGUAGUCAUACUACUUCUGACUAUACCCGGAAUAUUAGUGAAACUGUUUUGGGGUAUAAUGCCAAAAGUUUUAGAGUUAGAUUCUACUCCAACUUUGUGAUUUCACUCUAUCAAUUCAAACCCUUUCAUUAUCUAAGAUUUUUCCUGUUUUCCAUUUCGAGAAACUAUAACAUCAAUUGCACUGAUAAUUCAUUAUCUGAAUUCUUUUGAUUGGGAAUGGGAUUGUACAUGCAUGUUGAAGAGUGAUCAGAAUAACAUUUGAAUCCUUUCUGGAGUUAAGCGUUUAGAUUUAAAAUUAAUCGACAUAACAAAAUCUUACAUGAACUUCUCUAUGUGACUUGAGCUUUUCUAUCUGUUCUUUGGCAGCAGUCAUCUAUGAACAUAUCAGACCUGUAUGGAAUGAUAUUUUUCUUUUAAAAAAACAGAUGGAAGAAAAACCUCAGAUGGAGUUUCCUCUUGCAAAAGACAAUGCAAUUGUAUGUCAUCUUAUAUGGUGUUGACUUCUGUAACAAAAAAGCAGAGUAUGUUUGAGAUGGCAACUAGCUAAUGCACAGUCAUGCAAUAUAUGAAGAAGCAAAAUUUGAGGUCAGUAACUUUUGGGAAAAGAAUAUCAGAACUUGUAAAAUAGCUGGCUGAAGUCUCAAGAUGACAGCCUAGAGGACGUUUAGUUAUAUUAUCUGUCAAAGGAAGUGAAGAAGUGGAUGGCGCAAUUGAUCUAGUUUUGUUGCAUGAAGAAGCAGAAACAAAAUGACCAGAAGGCCAAGGUGCUGCAACAUUGUCAUUGAGAUCGCUGGUAAAUCCAAUGCCUGAAAUUUUAUCAAAUGUUACACCCAAUGGCAAGCUAGGCAAGAGAAAAGCAGAAUCUAGAGAAUAUAUAAGUAGUAAACUAGUCAAAGAUAAGACUAAAUUGACGUUCAUUGUGGAUCAAGAAUCAAAGCCCUAGAAUUUCAAAGUACUAAAAGCAAGAAUUUAAGCCAAUCUCAAAGGGAGAUUUAUCACAGAAAAUAUCCUCUUGAUGCAUCAACUAGUGAGGAAUUAUGAUUGAAAAUGGGUAAAGCUUGAUGUGUGGUUAAAAUUGACAUGGUGAAAGCUUAUGAUUCUGUCAGAUGGGACUUCUUUAUUCUGCGUUCUAGAGGUUCUGCAUUUUCCGUUUAUCAGUUGGGCCAGAUGCUGUGUGACAACUGCAAAAUUUUCAUUCAAUCUCAAAGGCUUUCUGGUCGGUGAUUUUUCAAGCAGUAAAGGGUUGAGACCGGGGGAUCCCAUCUCCCCUUACCUAUUUCUUAUUGUCAUGGAGGUGUUCUCUCAGUUGUUUGAUGAUUAUAUCACUGCAGAUGCAUAUGAUUUUUAUCCUAGAUGUGCUGAGCUUGGGAUUUCACAUAUUUCCUUUGCAGAUGAUCUAUUUGUUAUGGCCUCUGCUGCUCCUAAAUCAUUCGAAUGAUUAAGAAGACCUUAGCAGAAUUUUCAGACAUGCCUGUCCUUAUUCCAAACCUGUCUAAAUCUGAAAUAUUUUUAGCUGGAGUGGGGGAGGAGCUUCAGAAGAGGAUUGGUGAAGAUCUGGCUAUACCUAUUGUAACUCUAGCUGUAAAGUAAUUGGGGGUCCCCCUUAUUUCUACUAGAUUAACUAUGCAGGAGUGUCAACCUUUCUUGACAAAAUGAUGAAAAGAAUCCAGAACUGGGCAGUCAGGAAGCUAUCUUAUGGAGGAAGACUCACUCUUAUUAGAACUGUGCUUAACAGCAUAUUUGUAUACUGGGGCAGUAUAUUCAUAUUAUCCUCUGCUUUUGUAAAGAAAUUAGAGAGCUUGCUGAAUUCUUUUUUAUGGUCAGGUUUUGAGCUCAAGCAUUCUAAAACUAAAGUUGGCUGGAGGGAAUCCUGUCUACCAUUGAAGAAGGUGGUUUGGAAUAAAGCCUUGGUGCUCAGGCACAAUUGGGAUAUCUUUCACAAGAAAGAUUCCCUAGGGAUAAGUUAUUUAGCUGUAUCCAGCAAGCUAAGGUUGAUAGUAUCAUCCACAGUGGAUGGUUGGAAAUGGUUCAGAUGAAUCCUAUGAAUGUUCAGUGAGAAAAAUAGCUUUUGCUGCUGUUGUUUAUGAGCUGUGGCAUUAUAGGAAUUUAAAGGUAUUCCUGAAUAUCCUAUUCCCACCUGCUAUGAUUACUGAAAGAAUUAUGGCUGAUAUAGGGGCUGGAUGGGAGAUUUCAAAGGCUAAAUCUAAUGACUGCAUUAUGCUCGGCCACAGUCCAUGUUUGUUAAUGGAAUAUAUACUUUGGAACUUGUACAGACUGUUUUUCUUAACAUUUCCUGCAAUGGAUGAGGGAUCCCCUCCACUUGUG